AUGGAAAACUUGGUGUUUAUUGUGUUGUGUGCAGCCUCUAUUAUCUGUGGUUCCGGAUUUUCAUAUGCUUAUGAAGAUUAUGAAAUUGGCAGUAAAUGCUACACUUCAGGAGUACCUGGUAUAUGCAAAAGUGUCACAGAGUGCCCACAAGCAUUAGACUCGUUAAGAAAAUUCCAUAAACACAAUUUUAAAAGAUGUCUUUGGGAUAAUUUGGACGAAAUCAUAUGUUGUCCAGGCAAUGUGGAAAAGGGGCCUACAGAGAUAGAUCCCUAUCCAGACGGUAGUACGGAAGAACCUACCAGAAAACCUAAUACAGACAAUAAAGGACAAUUUCCCACAAGAAAAUAUCAGCAAGCUUGCGAUGCAAUUCAAACAGAAUCUAAAGCAAAUAUUAUUUUUCACAUCACAGAUGGUGAAGAUGCUUUGGAUAAAGAGUUUCCACAUAUGGUAGCUCUUGGCUAUGAAGAUAGCGAUCUUCCUCCGGGAGAACUCAGUUGGAAAUGCGGAGCAACUCUAAUCUCUCCCAAUUUCUUGCUCACAGCAGCCCACUGUGUAUCUAAAGAGAAACCUUUAAAAGCCCGUUUGGGAGUAACGAAAAUCACCGAUAGCAAUCAUCAAGAUAUCGAUGUCAGGAGAACAAGAAUACACGAAUCUUACGAUCAGUUAGGGAAACACGGUGAUCUUGCCCUUGUCGAGUUACGAAGAAAUGCCACUUUUUCCGAUAGGGUGAAGCCAGCGUGUUUAUACUGGAAACAUGACGAUCCUCUAGGUCUACUUGUAACAGGGUGGGGGAAAACUUCUGUCUAUAACGAAGAUGACAGAAGUAUAAUUUUACAAAAAGCCAAAUUGGUUCCUGUAUCUGUUACAUCUUGUAACAAUACGUACUCUACUAGAUCUCUGGGUAUUCAAACAAUCGAAAACACACAAAUCUGUGCUUUUGGAAAUUCUUCUGAUGCCUGCUGGGGUGACUCAGGAGGUCCUUUGCAAAUCAAAGAGAGAACAGGAGCGUUUUCAAUUGUUGGAAUCGUAUCCUAUGGAGCAGGCUGUGGUGGGAAAAUCCCUGGUGUAUAUACUCGAGUCUCCCAAUUUGUAGAUUGGAUCGAAAAAUAUGUGUGGCCAUGA